AUGGCUCAGGCCAUGCAGGCGGCCGGCAUGGGCGGCGGCCCUGGCGCGGGCCCGGCGCAACUGUUCGGCGGCGGGGAUGGCGGAGGUGCUGGGGGCGACCAGGAUAUGGAGGAGAGUGGCAGCUGGGAGGACGGCGGCGACGGCGACGGAUCCUGGGAGGAAGAGCUCGGCGCCGACGCGGGCCCGGCGCCGGGGCCGGCCGCGGCGCGCCCGCACGCGCCCGCGCAGCCGGCGCCUGCGUGGGCAGCCGCCCUGAGGGACGGCUGGUGGCGGCGGCGGGGGGGCGCUGGCGGCGCCAGCGGGGCAGCAGCGGCAGCAGUGGUCGCGGCCGCCCCCAUUGCGGGCCUGCCAGAGGCGCUGAAGGCGCUGUCGGACGCCCUUGGCAUGCCUGUCGUCAGCGGGCUGGACUCCCAGUCCGGGCCGCCGCCGGCAGGCGCGCUGAUACUGCCGCUUGGCGAGGGUUCUGGCGGCGGCGUCACGGUCAGCAGCGGCAGCAUGGACAUGUUGGUCAGCACAUGGGCCUCUCGCAGGACGGCGGCUGCGGCGGCGGCCGGCCCUGGCGGGCAGCUGCAGCUGCUGGUGCAGGCCUUCCACAGGGCCCCUGCGCCCGCAGCGCUGACGCAGGGCGGCGCGCCGCUGGUGGAGCUGCUGCGGGGCCGCCUGGCGCACCGCGCUCUGCAGCUGCUGGUGGAUGACGAGGACGACCUCUUCUAUGAUCAGGGGCGCUACCACUCGGCGCUGCUGGAGGCCAUGGCGUCGGGGGCUGUACCGGAGGCCUUCCUGGCGGCGAUGGCGGGGGACGUGGCGUCGGAGGUCGGCGCGCAGCGCUUCGACAAGGUGCUGCGAGACUCAUUCGCGUCGUUUCUAAAGCUCAAGCUCGAGGAGGGCCAGGGGGGGCUGGAGGGGCCCCUCAUCCGCCUGGACAUGGCCACGCGCGAGGGCCUGCCGCUGCUGCAGCUCCUGGCUGGCUCGAUGGCGACGGAGGCGCUGGCGCUGCCGCGACACAAGACAGAGGGCGGCUGCGUGAUGGGGCCCCUGCUCGGCCUCACGUCGAUGCCAGACCCCACCAGCUUGCUGAGUCAGGGCAAGGUGGUCAGCCCCGCGCGCGAGGUGUUUGCGUCUCUCAGGGGCUACCCCAACAACCAGGGUGACUCAGCGGGGGGCCGCCACCUGCUGGAGAACUACCUGUCGCGCGUCCACGACGCGGGCCACCAGGUUCUCAUGCGGCUGGUCAAGGUCAAGGCUGAGGGCGUCCCCGCGCAGUCCGGGCGCGAGGUGGUCAUGGACUGGCUGGCGGCGCUGGCGGACGCCAACAACGCGCGGACUGGCGGCGGCGAGAUGGGCGCGCUGCGCUCCGUCGGACUGGGCGCGUCCGACGGCUUCUGCAUCAACCUGACGGCGGUGCUGCUGCGAAUGGCGCGCCCCUUUGUGCAGGGCGCGCUGCAGGGCUCGCCCAAGUUUGCCGACCUGUUCACCAAGCACCUGUCCCCCUCUUGGUACCGCACCCAGCGGCGGCGGCGGCUGGCUGAGGUGGCGGGCGUGCCGGUGGCGACGCUCAGCGGGGACAGGGGCAUAGUGGAGGGGGACGGCGGCGAGGGCGGCGAUCAGGGGGCCAAGCCGCCGCCCCCUCUCAUGGCGGACGACCCAACUGCUGCAGCCGCCGAGACGUCCUUCAUCGCUGAUGUCUUCUUCCUGACGCAGCGCCACCUGCACACAGGCCUCAUGCCCGCAGUGCACAGGCACAACAAGCUGAUGGAGCACUUCUACCGCUCCCUGGCGGCCUCGGGCGCGUGGCCGCCAGGGGCGCGGGCGGCGCCGCUGGAGUGGCACCUGGCGCAGGACACGGCGCUGCCGGCGCUGAUGCACCCAGACCUGGCGGUGGACGCGGUGCAGUUCUGCGCCCUGCAGCUGCAGUGGCUGGCCUCCCUCCUGGCCGACCCUAAGCAGCACGCCGCCUUCAGGUCGAUCCCUGAGUAUGUUGUGGGCGACAUUGACUGGCUGGCCUUUGUCAUCCUGCAGGGCAACGCCGACAUGCUCGCCUCCGUCAACAUAGCUGCCCUGAUGCGCGCUCUGGUGGCGCUGCUGGAGCACCCCGAGCUGGUGAAGAGCCUGCUGGUGGUCUCAAAGGUGGUGCACCUGCUGCUGGUGAUGCUGUCGCCGCAGAUGCAGGUCAGCCGCCGCGCGGACAGCAGCGGCGGCGCGUUCGGCAGCAGCUACAUGCGGCCAGGCGAGGCUGCGCUGGUGGCGGCGGUGCUGGGGGCGCCCGCCACGCGCGAGCUGUUGGUGCCGGCCCUCAUGCGGGUGUACGGCCAGGCGGACUUUGUGGUCGGCCUCGACGUGGACAGGUGA